CCAGAAGGUUCGCUCCGCCGGCUCUCAGGAAUCCCGCCGAUCUCCCCGAAAAUGACGGCGUCUUGCGCGCCGCGCACGGCACCUCCCUGCCGCCCCGAGAGCCACUUCUCUUCUUGGGGCCUCGUUGGGGUCCUUUUGGGGGCCCUAGUGCUCCUGCUGCCCGUGUCCUCCGAUGCCUGUCGUGAUCCACCAAGAUUCAAUUCUAUGAAGCUGAAAGGUGUCACUCAAUCCUCUUAUAGUCCUGGGGACACAAUAGAAUAUGUGUGUCUUCCAGGAUACAAGCUUGAGAGACCUCCUCUUAACACCUCUGCUGCCUGUCAGCCUGAUAACACAUGGACACCUCUCCAGGAGGCUUGUACAAGAAAAUUAUGUCCACCUCUACAAGAACCCACAAAUGGCAGAAUAAACUAUGUAAAUGGAACUUUGGAGUUUGGUUCACAGGUUCGCUAUGUUUGUAAUGAGGGUUAUUACUUAACUGGACAAAAUAUUCUAACAUGUAAACUUGUUGGAGAUAAUGUGCAUUGGAGUGAUAUUAUCCCACAGUGCAAUAAGCUGUAUUGUCAACCACCUCCAAAAAUACAAAAUGGAAAAUACACCAGAAGCGACCAGGAGAAAUUUACAUACAAUGAUGUAGUAACUUAUAGUUGUGAUCCUUCAGAUGGACCAGAAGUGAAUAUUCGCUUGUUGGAGAGAGCAAGCUUGUUUGUUCUGGGAAUAACACAUGGAGUAGUGACCCUCCUAUGUGUAAAGUGGUCAAAUGUGUAUAUCCAGUACUUAAAAAUGGAGAAAUGGUAUCAGGAUUUCGAAAAAAAUUUUACUACAAAGCGACGCUUGUAUUUGAAUGUCUCCAGGGUUUUUACCUCAGUGGCAGCAACACAGUGGUCUGUGGUGCUGACAGUACUUGGGAGCCUGCGAUGCCAACGUGCAUUAAAGUGUCGACUCUUCCCAGUACAAAACCUCCAAAUUCCAGUAUCUCAGGACAUCCCAGUCCCAGUGAUGGAUCACUACCACUUAAACACAUGAAAACUUUAGGUAUUAUUUUGGUUACUAAUAGCCCUGCAUUAUGAGACCCUAGAGGUCUUCAUGGAAAUAUCAUAUUUCAGUUUUCUGUAGUUAGAGAAGUAACAAUGUGUCACAAAUUGGUGAUAAUUGACACUUGUAGUUAUUUUAAUAGUGUAAAUACCAUGACACCUGGAAUCAGUAGUAUGUGUAGACACGUGCAGAUCAUACCUUUCUUAAGAGGUCUCCCACAUUAGGAUUCCUAGCAAGGCAAGGAAUCCUAACUUUGUUAAAUGCUAUGGUUAUAUGUAGGUUAAAAUAUAUAAAAUAUAACUUGCUUUCCAUUUGAUAGUGUUAUUUUCUCAUGGCAAUUUGUAGAUAAAUUUUCUUUCUAUUUGUACCAUGUAUACACAAGCCUUAAAAUACUAUAAGUUGGGUGAGUUUUUUCCCAUAACAGGCUGGUGUAGCACACUUUGUGUAGGCUCACAUAGUUCACACAAUUUGUGUUAAAGAGAAUAAUGAAGUUUAGUUGUGACAGUUAAAUGAAAUACAAAGAUUUCUUGAUUAAAAAAAUGAAGAAAAAUAUCUAUUACUUUUAUUUACAUUAGACAAGCUUAGUAAGGUUAAUCCUUUUAUAAAAUGCACUUUAGGCUUGUUAUGUUUUCCCUCUGAACACUGUGGUCAAACUGUCAUUGUGCCAGGAACUCCAGUGCCAUCUUAAGAUGUGAAACACUUGAUGAUUUUUUCUGAAAUGAAAACAGCAGAGUUAAACAUGACAUUUUAUGCUUUGAUUUAUAGAAAUUAAAAAAAAUAAUGGCAGUUUAGAAGUUUUGGUCCUACUGAUGAACAUUUCCACGAAUUAAGAUCUUGUAGUAUUGUUUAUUGCUCUCUGGACAGUUAGAAUAUGUUAACCUAAAUGCAUAUUUAGUUUCUCUGCAUAAUUUUUAUCCAUGUGCCUGGUGUUUCAUUUACAUUCUUAGAAAGAAUUUCCUUGGUAAUUUGGAUUAUAUCUUAAAUUUUGUUGAGGAGGGAAUAAGGAGGGGUGAUGAUAAGAUAAAAUAUUGUUUGUGAAGACACUGCAGAUAGCAUCUCUGUGUUCGAUUAAUGGAACUUUAUUUAUGACUUAUUCCACAGACUCACUUUUGGGGAAAAAAUAUAAAUUAAAUUCCUAACAAAAUCAUAAGAAACGAUAGAAUGAAUACUGAACUAAACCAUGAUGGGAUAAUACAUUUUUAAAACAAUUUUCCUCUAAUCUUGUGAAUUCUAAUUGUUCUGAUAACCUUUACUAAAUAUCCUGGUGUUGUAGCUACAGCACAAAACAAGGAAAAGUGAGAUUCCUAUGAAGAGUUUCACAAGGUGAAUCCUAUAUCUGGAGUCUGAUUAGAAGGGUUCUGUGAUCAAAAUGACUUGGAUGCACUAGCAGUCACCCUCAAACUAGAUAGAUAAACAUUUUCUCGGCUAUAGUUUUUAGAUGAUCUGAUCAAAAUGAAAAUACAGCUGUUAUCUGAAGGCCCAUAUGUGCUCAAUUAUCUUCAGACUCUUUUCAUUUUU